AUGCUAAACCUCAUCUCCACCCUCUCGACCGUCGCCGUGGCCGUGGCGCUCGCCAAUGCCGAGCAAGAAGUUUCCCUCAAGAUCCACGUCGGCCAAACGAAGUUUCGCGUGACUCCUCUCGGCCAGCAAUGUGCCUUCAACAGCUGCGUGGAUCCGCAGUUGUACCCAUGUGCCAACAGUGUCUGCAUGCGUCUGAACUACACUUACGGGAAGUGCAGCCCCGACAAGGGCGUGAAGCAAGACUACAAUAACGUCAAGUAUCUGUGCCCGUACCCGAACCCGUACAACCCCAAACUUGGCGUGCUGAGCAAAGCGAAGAGCAGCGUCGAGCAGGACGAAGACGAGCACGAAGACGAGAUCGAAGACGAAGACAACUAA